AUGGAGUCGGCUCAACUACAGGAGAAGGCCUCCAAAGAGAGCCGCCAGCUGAAGCAAAGAGUGGAAGUGCUGGAGAAGGAAAACUUGGCGCUGAAGAAAUCUCUAUAUGAGCUAUCCACGCGUUUCAACCUCGUUGCACAUAAAACGUCGCCGUUUUCGCUGGAUUCAUUGGAAGUCUAUGAUCCAGCAUUCCAAUCGGCAUUAGAUGCCACUAAGCCAUCCACCGGGGAUGAUUCGGAGGUCUUCGGAGGCGUAUCUCGGGAUGGCAACAAAGAAGGCCGACAGUUUUACCUGAAGCAUGAUUUGAAGGGACACAAAGGGGCUGUUUAUUCGGUACAAUUUUCCCAUUGUGGAAAGUUCGUCGCGUCUGGUUCCUUUGACAAGACUGUCAGGAUAUGGGAUGCGUCCACGACGCAAAAAGAGAUUCAUGUCCUGCAAGGUCACACACUGAAUGUCUCCGAUCUGUCAUGGUCGAAGGAUUCGACAGAACUGUUAUCGGGUGGAUACGAUCAGACAUGCAAAGUAUGGGACGUGAAGAAUGGCAAGCUUGUUGGGUCCUAUAAUAGCGAGGGUUUCGUUCAGUGUGUCAUGUUCAAUCCACAAGAUCAAAACAUAUUCCUCAGUGGCACAUCUCGAAAUGCCCUGUGCAUGGUUGAUAGACGGCAGGGCGAUAACGUGACGACUUGGGAGAACGAUGCAAUGGUUAACUCACUAUAUGUAUAUCGCGAUGCGACGUAUGUGCUCUCCGGAGAUGCUGCUGGACAGCUGAAGACGUGGGAUGUACGGACAGGCAAAUGCGUGCAAGUCAUUGCAAAUGAGCCUACGCGGAAACCGAUUUCGCAUGUGACAGUCUGCUAUAACGACGGAGAUGAAGAGCCCCAUCACCUGGCGGUGAACUCAUAUGACAAUGUCAUAAGAGUAUACGACCGAGGGUAUACACCUCCAUCCAGUUCGUUGAGGUUGAUGCAUGCCUUGAAAGGGUACAAGAACAAGAACUGGCCAAUCAAGAGUUCGUUGUUCCUGUUUAGAGAGACGAACCCCCUCCUCAAACGCGGUGACAGUCAAGAAGAUAUAUUCUCGAAAACUGACGUUCGUGGCGCCCAUCCGGACCCUGACCACCAUCACCAUCAUGCCCGAGGAGACCCCUCCAAUAGUUCAUCUGGCGGGAUGCUCCUCGCCACCGGUUCAGCCGACCCGUUCGUGUACGUUUACAACGUCGGCGGACCGGAGGGGACAUCGGAACUGGUCCAAAGACUGUCUGGGCACACAGACAGGGUGUAUGCGGUCGACUUCCACCCGACCGAGCCAAUACUGGCUUCUUGCUCUGCGGACUUUUCGGUCAAGAUUUGGUACAGUGGGAAUGGCAAAAAGAAGAAGUCUUGA